ACCCCUUCUCCCUGAUCCUUUCAGAGUCGCCUGGGCAACUCUCUGAGGGACUUGAUCUUCGUGUUUCAGUGAGGAUCUCCAGACACCUGAAAGUUCCGGCUUUGCCUGAUGCUUCCUGCAGCUGGCGAGGCAGGCUGUCCUCCAUCACCCCGAGUUUGGUGGUGUCCUGGAAAGUUACGUUUGCUUUCAUGCUGUGGCCUUGCUUGUUUUCCUGCCACCCCAUGACUUUGUUUCAGGUAGAGAAGCAACACAAAGAAUGGGCGGUUCAGUAUAUCUUUGAGUAGUUGAGGUGUGUCAGGAACCAGUCAUGCUGGUGGCUGUGUUGCUGAUUACAGAGACUGUCAUGUGCUUCGGAUACCAGAUGGUUUGGAGGAAAAGUUGACAUUGUGUGAGAAAGACUGAGAAAUCCGACUUCGGUCAGCCACAUUUUACUGUCACCUGUUGGGGCCGAUGCCCGCUCCCAGGGAGGUAUGGCCAUCAUGCUGUGAUGAUAGAAAGAAGUUACUGGCCAAGUCUGUGUAGACUCUUCUCAGGGAAGCUUUACACAGUCGGAGAUGCUUCAGCUGGCCCUAAAAGCUGAGAAGGGUUUUUCUGGACAGGUUAGAGAGACCAGCGAGCAAGAACCUCUACCUUGAAUUGGAGACAGAAGUUACUUUGUAACGAGGACGUAAAAGAUUGCCUUUCAACCACAGAACUCCAUUGGAAAGGGUUUUGGAAGACAUGAAGAAAACCAUCAGAAACGAAGUCAGCAGCCUCAUGGCCUCUUACUGACUAGAGUGGAGUUUUAUUUCGGCAGUUUUUUGGAACGACACUGUGCACGAUGUCUACUGAGGUCAUCCAUCAGGUUGAGGAGGCCCUUGAUGAGGACGAGAAGAAAAUGCUGCUUUUUUUGUGUCGGGACGUGGCUGCCGAUGUUGCUCCGCUUAAUGUCAGGGACCUUCUGGAUAUUUUAAGUGAGCGAGGAGUGCUGUCUGCCAUGGGCUUGGCUGAGCUGCUCUACAGAGUGAGGCGGUUUGACCUGCUCAAGCGGAUCUUCAAGAUGGACAAAAGGGCCGUGGAGGCCCACCUGCUCAGGCACCCUGGCCUUAUUUCAGACUACAGGGUGCUGAUGACAGAGAUCGGUGGCAAUUUGGAAAACUCUGAUUUGUCCUCAUUAUUUUUCCUCAUGAGGGAUUAUCUUGGUCGGAGAAAGGUAGCCAAGGAUAAGAGUUUCCUGGAUCUCGUGAUCGAAUUAGAGAAACUAAAUCUGAUUGCUCCCGAUCAGUUGGAUUUACUAGAAAAAUGCCUGAAGAACAUCCACAGAGUAGACCUGAAAACAAAAAUCCAGAAAUACAAGCAGUCCGCUCAGGGACCUGAAACAAGUUAUACAAAUGCACUCCAGGCAUCGUUCCCAAAUUUGAGUCUUAAGGAUCCUUCAUGUAACUUAAGGCUCCAGAAUGGGAGAAGUAAAGAACAAAGACUCAAUGUGGGACAACUUGACCUUCAAAGAGCAUCAGUGAAGGCGUCCAUCCAGGAGUCCGAAGCAUUUCUACCGCGGCGCGUUCCAGAGGAGAGAUACAGGAUGCAGAGCAAACCCCUGGGAAUCUGCCUGAUAAUUGAUUGCAUUGGCAACGACGCAGCAUUUCUUCGGGACACCUUUACUUCCCUGGGCUAUGAAGUUCAGUCUUUCUUGUAUCUGAGUGUGGACGGUAUAAUCCAGGUCCUUCGCCGAGUUGCCUGCAUGCCUCAACACCGAGACUACGACAGCUUUGUGUGCGUCCUGGUGAGCCGAGGUGGCUCCCACAGUGUGUUUGGCAUCGAUCGGACACACUCAGGGUUCCCUUUGGAUCAGAUCAGGAGGAUGUUCAUGGGAGACGCGUGCCCUUUUCUCUUAGGGAAGCCAAAGGUCUUUUUUAUUCAGAACUACGUGGAAUCAGAGGACCCGCUGGACAACAGCAGCUUGUUGGAGGUAGAUGGACCAGCGGUCAACAACCUGGAACCAAAAGCCAAGCAGCCUGGGUCAUCGACCCUUCACCGAGAAGCUGACUUCCUCUGGAGCCUGUGCAAGGCGGACGUGUCCCUGUUGGAACGGUCCUCCAGCUCUCCGUCAUUGUACCUGCAGUGCCUCUCCCAGAAACUGGGGAAAGAAAGAAGACGCCCGCUCCUAGAACUCCACAUUGAACUCAACGGCAGCGUGUAUGAUUGGAACAGCAGAGCGUCUACUAAGGAGAGGUACUCUGUCUGGUUGCAGCACACGCUGAGAAAGAAACUCAUCCUCUCUUGCGAAUGAACAGCCAAAAGCCUUUUCUACUCCCGCCGUCUCCACCACUAGGCCAGAAGUAGUUCUCAAGCGAGGGUAUGUGUCGUGGGGGAACAUGAGGUCCUGUAGGUGCCGAAAUGAGCCUCGGUGAGGACUGUGAUCAGGGAGGUGUGUUUGAACUAAAGCCUCUGGGUGGAAGGCGUCGGUCUCUUGCUGAAAGUGUCUGAAGCCCGUGUUAGGAAGGAAAUGGCUGUGAAACUUGAAAAACCGAGUGCCGGUUGAGGUGGGUGCCUCAGGAUUAUGUUGCCUUCCUUCAUGCCAGAGUCAUGGAGACAGGGUUGUAGUCACACAUCUACCACUAUGCUACUACUACUAUAAAUUCAGUGAAGGAUACGAACAUUCAGUGCAUAGCCGUGUCUUUGUAAUUGGACAUGGUCUGUCUGUCUAAGAUUCCAGUUCUAGUUCACAGCUAACCACAUACAUUUUUCUUUCUCACAUUUGGUGGGAUAACCUGAAAGGCAAUCACUAUUUAAAAUUGCAUUUAAAGGGGCGCCUCGGUGGCUCGGUGGGUUAAACCACUGC